UGUGUUUACAAUAUUCAUUAACAUUUUAGCUAGUUCAUGUUUUCCAAAAUAUCUUCUCGUUUUGUAUGAAUUUUGAUGUUAAAACGUAGAAAUGUUUUAUUUAUCCCUUCUAGUAUUAAUUAUGAUUGUAGACUAUCGAGUUUCUGGUCUCAGCUCGUUUCUUUACAUGAACAUUCACAAUAGCGGAUUUCACAGAGAAGUUCAUUACACAAUAAAGUUCGGUGGAUUGGGUAAGAUGACCUGUGAGUUGCUUCUGCUGCAACAUCUUCCAUCGGCAGUGUAUGUCGAUACGGACCAAUUGACAAACAUGAAGAAAUUCAAAAAGAUCAAUAGCUAUGUUCCAUUGUAUGUGGACGUUGAAAAACCGGCUAGUAAAUCGAACCCCUUCUCGGUAUAUCUUUUUGAGACUGCGCGAAAAGAGGUGAACAUUACGCUUCCUAUUCACUUCCGGUACCAUGAUCCGUCGGAGAAGAAAUUCGAGCGUAUUCAAAUCGAAAGCCCCUCGCUUUACGUUCAAUGUCGUGGAGUCAACAGUAAGCACUCGUUGAAGCCAACAGGAACUUUUCGGCAUCCUUGCUCAAUCAGUUCACAGAUUUAUGAUUACGACAAACUUAGUGAAGCUGAGUACUGUGACUGGCAGGGGCUAGAGUUUAGUAACGUUCCUACUAUAAUCAGUGUCCUUAUUCCGGUUGGAAACAGCGCAUCGUACAGGUUUGUUUUGCCAGCAACCAUCCUGAUAAGCUGGAUUGGUAGCAUGUAUCUCAUCUACAUUAUCAUUAAGUCAGGUAAGCGCGUAAACAAGAAAUUAUUGUAAUGAACAGAAAAUGUCUCAGGGCAAAGUAAAUAAAACAAUGACCGGCUGU